GCAGAGGAAAGACAGACACAAGACGCAAGAGAAUUCAAACACUUCUCAAAAUGUCCAACUUCUCCACCAACGCUGGCCCAAUCCUGCACUGCUCCUACACCCCAGAGACCCGGACCUCCUUCCUCUUUGUGGUCAUGAUCGUGGAAGUUGUGGUUGGCCUUCCCGGGAACAUUUUGGCCUUGUGGAUCUUUUGUUGCCGCAUGAAAUUCUGGAAACCUCACACGAUUUUUCUGUUCAACUUAAUGCUUGCAGAUUUUUGUCUUUUGGCUUGCGUCCCUUUUCGCAUCGACACACAUGUGCGAGGCAAUCACUGGAUUUACGGAGAGAUAUUUUGCAGGAUCAACCUCUUCAUGCUAGCUGUGAAUCGCUCAGCUAGCAUAGCGUUCAUGACUGUUGUAGCUAUAAAUCGCUAUUUCAAAGUCCUCCACCCUUUGAAUUGCAUUAGUUUGAUGUCUUCAUGCUAUGCUAUCUGGUUAUCCAUCUUGAUAUGGGUUGUUGUUAUAAUCUUCCGAGUUCCGUUGCUAACUACCAAUCUCUUGUAUCUUAAGGACAAUCAAUCAAUCUGUCAAAGUUUUAGCUCCCUCAAGAAUCCACCCUUGGCGAUAACUGUGCACUACAUUGCGUACAUCACCGAAUUCAUCAUUCCAUGGUUUCUGUUAAUAUUUUGUUCAACAAGAAUCAUUUGGUAUUUAAAAAGACAUGAACUAAUUAUUCAACAAAAGAAGUUUAAGAAAGCCAUACGAUCGAUUGUAGUGAUAAAUCUGGUGUUCACGUUUUGUUUUUUGCUCACAAUUGUCACUGGGUUGGGCAGUUUGGCUUUGAAGAGGUUCAGACCGCGAGAUUGUGAAGGCUUCCGAAAAAUGACACUGGCUUUUAAGGUCAGUGUUGGACUCACGUAUUUGAACAGUGCUCUGGACCCCGUUAUCUACACCUUCUCCAGCUCAAUGUUCCGGAAAGCGCUGAAAAACGUCUUUAAAAAUUAAUGUGAAAUUAUAUGAAAAUGCAAUAAUUUGAAAAAAUCCACAAAGAUGCAAAUGUAGUGUUUUGUUGUUGUUAUUAUUGUUGUUUUGUUUUCGUUUUGUUUUUUCUUUAUUUAUACAGGGAGAGCCCAAUGAGUACAAUAUCAAAGUUCAAUGAAAAAAGUGAUACAGACUCCAAUGUUUGUUUGAUAUUGUCACUCAACAGUUUUUUGUUUUAGAUUAUUCCUGUUUCAGAAUCCACAAACUCAUUAUACAUAAAAGGAAUUCCUAGACUUACAAUAAUCUCCAUGAUUGAUUUGAAGUCACUUUCCAACACCUUGAACUGUUGUAGUUUAUUGGUGGACUUUGUAAGUUUUCCGGUGGAGGAUUCGCCACCUACUUGUCUCUGCGGAGACUAUUGUGGAAAAAUUACAAUUCUAGAUUAAAAGUAAUGCAUUUGCUCCAGUUUUUUGUUUUCCUGGUUCAAUCCUGGUUUGCUUCCGGUUCAGUCCUGGUGUGGUCCUGGUUUAAUCCUGCUUUAGUUCUUGUUUAGCCCUGUUCAGUCCUGGUUUACUCCUGGUGCUUGGUCUUUAAAACACAUGUUGCAGAAUGUUGCAUGCCUGAAGUGAGUUUAUUUAUUCAGAAAACUAUGUGAGACUUGCCUAAACUGUUGAAAAAUGCAUUCAAGCUAAACUGUAAAUAUUUGCACAGGUGAGCCUAAAGCUAUUUAAUAGUGGGUUUAAGAGUAGAGUUGUCAAAAGAUGUCAAAAAAUCAGAUACUACCCGAUACUAAAUCUAGUACUGAUACUAGAUACUCAUUUGAGAAGGUAUCAAUACUAAGAAAGUCACAUUCACAAAACAGAAAUGAACCUUUCCUGAAUAGCAUUGGAAUAACCUUGAGCCAUGUAUCUGUACUUUUACUUGAGCACAAAUUUUCAAUAUACUCCUCUCCGCCACAUAAUACUUCUUUUAGCAUAUGUUUCAUGUAAAUUUCAUGUCUUACAAACACAAAAAAGGGCUAUUGUUUAAGUCGAAAUGUGAAAUAUUUGUUAAGGAAUCCACUAUUUUUUAUUUAAAGGUGUACUGUGCAACUAGACUUGGUGGUGUCGCCUUUUCGUUUUCAUGGAUAUAGAUUAAUGCCAUACAGUAAGUCCAGGCAAAGCAAUAACAUCUCCAUAGAGACAAGCAGACAACCAGAAAAGUUACAUAGUGCACCUUAAAUAUGAAAUAGCCUUAAUAUUGCAUAGGCCUACCACUAUUUAUCUAUGUAUAUGUGACUGUGUAAAUACCUUACUGUAAUUGGUCUUUAUAAAAACUGUACAUAUAUAGGCCUAUAAUAUGAGAAUAUUUACACAUAUUUUUAACUUGUGUCUUUUCUAAGACCCUGUGGAGCUCCCUGUAUGUUCAGUGAACAAGAGAGUUGUGCUUUGUAAGGUGUAUCAUCUGUAACAUUAGCGCUACCCAGUGACGGAGACUCAAUAUUACACUUAUAUUAGCCUGUUAUGUUACAUGUGUUUAGAUAUACAUUCAGAUAUGUAUUCUGAUUGUAAAAAAGGAGGAGUCUAUUGUUAAAAUUUUAAAGACCUAAUAUGCAUAUAGCCUUUGUGUUUUGUAUCUGUAUGUUGAAGGCCUAAUCAUGGGCUGAAGCUUCAUGUUAUAUGUGACAUUUUAAGGGCUUUCAUCUAAAAGAUAUAAUAUUAAAUUGUUAAUAUCUAUCCUAUCAUCAAUCCUAUUUUUUCAUCAUUCCGGAUUCCAUGGAUAAAAAUACACUCAGAAAAUGAAAUUAAAAGUGUAACAUGAUUGU